CUACGGUAGCGGCGCGGUGCAUUGUGGGACACAGAGUAAGAUGGAGGCGACCAGCAGCUGCAUGAUGAAGCUUCAAUAACAUGUAUUUCAAAGGGUUAAAUAUCCGCGUGAAGCUUUAAUUCAUUCUCCAGUGUUAGAAGUAACGAAGCGACUCAACCGGAGAGAAGCCCGUGAUCAGCGGGGGAACAGAACACGUGGGACAUGUCUGUGCUGGGAGCUUUGCUGAGAGCCGGAGCGACCUUCUGUCAUUCUGCUGGGAGCCUGCUGCAAACGGCCAGGGGCUUUUCCACAGGUACGUGCUGCCAGAUCAGGAUGCAUGCCAUCCCUCAGCCGAAGAGGGUGGACAGGUGGACUGAGAAGAGGAGCAUGUUUGGAGUUUAUGACAACAUCGGCAUAUUAGGAGAUUUUAAAGCUCAUCCCAAAGACCUUAUUUUGGCCCCCUGCUGGUUGAAGGCUUUCAAAGGUAAUGAACUGCAGCGUCUAAUUCGUAAGAAGAAGAUGGUGGGAAACCGAAUGAUGACGCUGGAAAGACACAACCUGGAGAAGAGGAUCCGAUUCCUCUACAAACACUUCAACCGCUUCGGCAAACAUCGUUAACGUCAGCAGACCAGCCAAUAAGGACUGUUUGAGUCAUGUUCUCACUGUACCGAAUAUUUCCAUGUUUCUAAGAUACGUGAACUAUUUUCAAUCGUUUAUUGAUUGUGUUUGUCCCUGUUAACAAUAAUGAUUAAUUGUGAUUUUUUUUUUCAAACACAAAAUACAUGAUAUACAAGCCUGAAAAUACAUUAUAAAAAUGGAUUGGAGAAGAA